CUUGCUUGUUUCCACAAAUUUUUAUUUACAUUUAGAAAGAAGUUUAUUUAAAAAUAGAUUUUAAGGUUUCAUUAAUAAAGACUUUUAUGGUAAAAUAUUGCAUCUGAAAGUUAUGUCAAAUUUGUUACGAAAAUGACUGGACCUGUACAUUUGAAGACAACUAUUUCACUGCGAAUUAAUAUCUAGUUUUCACGAAUAAUUAAUAAUUAAUCGAAUUGAAAAUGAGUGUUUACGUAUUAUCGGAUGAUAGUGACCACAGUAACCAUGAGGACUUCGAUUUUAUGAAGAAGUAUGAACAGGAUGCGAAAGAAGAGUGUGUUGAUUUAACUCAAGAGGAUGUGGAACAUGAUACUGAACCGUAUCGCUCGCCCUACAGUGACCCAUACGAAGACCUGCCUCCGGUCCAGCUGAGCGGGCCAGUGGCCACUUUGAGCUCCGGGAGCUCUACUGUACCAGUGGCCGCUCUUAGCUCUGGGAGUACUAGCUCCUCUGGUACCAGCUCUAGCGGUUACGGAGGGUCUGAAUGCUCUAGCGGUAGUAAGAGGGGAGCUGAAAACAAAGAUGCUAAAAGCAGGAAGAAAGCUGAUGCACAAGCCAAGAAGCAGAAGUUGGCUCAGGAGCGAGCAGCCAAGGCAGCUGCCGCCGAAGCCAACAAGGUUUACAAGCCCGGAGAGUGCAUGAAGUACAUGCACAUAGAGAUGCACCCAUCCCUGCUCGAGCAAUGGUACUGCGCCGACGUGAGCCGAGAGGCGAGUGCAGUCGGCGCUAAGAUCGAGGUUAUUAAAGACCUGUGCGAUCCGGCUCUGGUCAUGUGGAGCCGGAGGGUACCGAGAGCACUCGCGGCCGCUAAUGGACAGGUAGAACUGUCGCCCGCCCGCCAACGUUGUGGCCGAGCUUUAUACAUAAACACGAUGGCAGACAUAUCGUCUCUCGUCCGCAACCGAUCUCUAUCGCCACAUAUUAAACGAGCGGCAGUGGUUGCCGAAUGCGAAGUGACAUUGGUUGUACACGGGGUUAAGGACUAUUUUAAAGCUGCGAAUCGGAGGCAGAAUAGUAAAGAUUUGAUCAUGGAAAUUGAGCUGGAGAUGGCUUUAACAGAUCUGUUGGUGACCGCCGGGUGUGACGCAGCGUUGGUAGACACGCCAAAUGAACUGGCUCUACUUAUUGUACAGUUCACUAAAGCAAUAGCUGAGGAACCAUACAAGAAAAUAAAGCGAGGCUUCGACGAACAAGCAGAGUUCUACAUGAGGGGAGACAACAAGAAAUGCGUUCCUGUUGAUAAAGAUGGGAAUGGAGCUAGUAGAUUAUGGCAGCAAAUGAUAGCUGUUCUUCCUGGAUCCAGUUUAGAAACUUCUAGAUCUGUCUGCGGGCAAUACAAAUCACCUCUCGCCCUUUAUCAGGCGUUGCAACUUCCGAAUGGAGUAAAUGAUUUGGCUGAUAUAGGAGUUUCAAGAACGGGAGUUCCCGGAUCAAAAAGUCGUCGUCUUGGGCCCGAGUUUGCUAGAAAAUUACGAAUAUUAUUUACUGCUGAAGAUGGAGACGUAUUAAUAGACUGAUAAGUUAUGUUGUUUGUAAAUCAUGUAAGAGGAAUAAAUAUUGUUUUUACGUUA